UGUCAAUGUGUCACACAAGGCGGUCGUUGUGAUUCAAGUCCUCGAGAACGACGAGAGAAAAAGUCCCCUGUCUCGUGCCUUCCUCCUUCCAUUGUGCAGAGUAGAGUGAAGAAGAAUCGGUGCCCAAGUCCGCCUCCUUCCAAGCAAGGAAGAAAUGGUCCGAGAUUCCAAUUAAGGAGCCAUUUUUUUCAAGUGAGGACGUCUGUAGACAGGCCACCAGAGCUGAAAAUUUGUCUAACUUCAAGACAUUAUUCAACCAGGGAAGGAGCCCUAGCGGCAUCAAAUCGCAUUCAUGACCAACCUGGAUUUGGCUUCUACGUGAAAAACAUGAGCUCAUCGCAAGUUCCAUUGCUCCACAAGCAAAACCAACAUCCUCCCAUUUCUGAUACUGGAUCAGUCCACCUUCAACAACAGCCACAUCAGCAUCACCAACAAAGACGCACCUCCAUGGCCAAUCUCCGUCGGCAUCGAAGUACAAAACGAUACGCUUCACGGAGGCUCUCUCGACGAAGGCCGUCCAGUCGGAGGACCUCCCGUCUGCCCAGUGAUGACUUGGAGGAGUUGGCCUUGAUGCAACAAGCCAGUUCCGGGCAGGAUGGAACGUUUGAUUGCAUUCACAUAUUUCCAAUACGACCCCAUGGGCUGUUCGUGGCCGCCAUGGGAGUGAUAUUGAGCAUCGUGGGAUUAGUGGCCACAUCCACGUUGUUAUUGAGAAAUGCAGUCCUCGUGGAACUGGGCUCGUUACCCCCUGGAUGCACAGGCUUCGUUCAAAACAUUACCGCUAAUGCAUCUGGGUCGAGCUUGACCUUCCCGGCGAAUGCCUCCAGCAUCUACGUCCAUGCUCUUCGCAAUCGGGGUGACCGAGGCGAGCGUCCAAGCCUUCUACACAAACCAUAUCCAGCCCCUCGACUGAGUGUGCAAACCAGUAUUCAAGACACAAUCGUCAAAGUGGCCCGGUCUGAACCCCCACAAGAUACCAAUUGCUCAGCGUACGCCACGUUUAUCUAUUUAUUGGGGCAUGGCCUUCAAGGCUCGAGCCGCUUUGAUUCCAAUUUGGGACCGGUCUCGACCUACUUUUUUGUCAAUAGCCAGAUGCUUUGGUGCGGCUUUGUGGUGUCAAUAGUCUUUCUGUGGAGCUCAAUCAGUCUUUGGAGCGGUAUCUGGCAUUUUCGAAGGCGCAGUCUCGUUCCCUGGCUUCUCGUGUCAGGCAUCACGAUCUUGUUCCUUAUCAUGUCAACUGUGUGGUUCCUAAUAUGCAAUCGAGGGUGGUUCAAGUUACUCAGUCUGGUGCCAGCCGGACUAGGUUUACUGUUCCUUUAUUGGUGGCUCUUGAUCAAUGAUCUCCUCGAAGAAAUCCACGAAGACAAGAAGGCCGAAGCAGCCGUCAUAGCAGACGGCUUGGUGCUCACCACGAGCGCUGCAGCUGCCCUCAUUCCCAAUGCCGCCGUGUCAUCCGUCCACCAAUACGACCCGCAAGAAACUAUUCAAACCAAUGGCCAUGUUAAUGAAGGGGUUGUCCAAUUAACGGAAGGCACGCCCCAUCUCCUGCCUGGCGCCAACGGACAUGCCGGAUCUCGGGACAGGACCAGUCUACCGACGGUGGACGAGAUCAGCCCUCAACAUAAGAGGGAACUGACGCUGGUUUGAAGGAUUCCCUAGACAGUUCCUCCUGAGUUUGAUCCAAUACAUGCUGUAAGCUAUGCCAAGAAGAAAGAGACGACGCAACUAAACUCAAUCACGUUCCAUUCUUCAAGAAAAAGGGAUAUAUGAUUUGGAGUUGGUAGAAAUAAGAAUCGAGGGCGCUGCAAUACAAAAACGUGCCUCACCUUCUCGAUGCAUUGAAAACUUUUUAAGGGCACGGAAUUGCACAGCCCAGCUUUAAACUGAUACGGCAGUAUCUCCACCUAGAGCAUCAAGUUGCACAAUCUCACAAUAUCGAUUUCAGACCCGAAAUAAAAGUUCACAACCAGGUUCACGAAGAAUACCAAGCAAAUGAAACGAAGGUCUUGUCCUUCGAAUUCGGUGCGUAGUCAUCAAUUUUCUCCUUGUAAUAAAAAUAAAAAGAUGAAUUGAAUAUUUGCAUGACUAAUGACGUUAUAACAUCAAGGGGAUAAGUCAAAAUGAAAACUACGCUCUUGCCAUGUCGAGGGUGAGAAAUGUCAUUCAUGGAAAAAGGUCUAUGAAUAAAAUCAAUUUUACGUUCUUCGUAUCUGCCGCAUUUUACUUGUCGGCAGUGUUUUUGUUUUACAAUCUUGUCAAUUUGUUUACAAUCAUUAGGAAUGUGUGUAAGUGAAAUUGGCUAAUAUCAAAAAUUAAUUGAUCGCUGUAUGUCCGGAGGGGCUCACCCUACACCUCAAAGAACUAAGCAUACGACUGGUGAAAAUAUAUUCAUUAUGCAAAAUCAUACCAGUAAGUGUUAAAUCAUAUUUUUAUGUGCACGGUGGUACCUAGAACACUUGAAAAAAGAGCUUGCUCAAAUGCCAACACAUUUAGUCGUGGUUUU